CGGCUUCUUUGUAAUUCUGACAACUGCCAACCAUUAAACAGUGAGGCUCCAAGACACACAAAACACAUACUAAAAAAUAAUUUACUUUUUCUUUUCCUGGUUUUGUUUGUCUUUUACAUUUCAGUUCGUUCGUUCCCUUUCUUAAUUUAAAAAAAAAAAAAAAAAUUUCAAGAAUUCUUUGUUUCUGGUUUCUUGAAAUUCUUAGGUUUCCCUGUCUCCUCCUUUUUUCCCCCUCUCUUUCUCCAUCUGGGUUUUGUUUGAUUUUUGUUGGGUUUGAUCUUGAAAUCAAGAGGGGGUAUGUGGAAUAAGUCAAGAUCGACUGAAGGGGAAUCCCCUUACUGUUCUAAGAAGACAGACGACAUAGAUGCUAACGACGAGGAUUCGGGUCGAACAUUGAGCAUGUCGAGAUUAAAGUGUAUUAUGCGUGGAUUGGACAUAAAAAUCUGUCUCUUCCUCUUAGUGUUGGUUCCAAUGUGUGUCUGUGUUAUAUAUGUGCAUGGACAGAAGAUCACAUAUUUCUUGCGGCCUUUAUGGGAGAACCCUCCCAAGCCCUUCCAUGAUAUCCCUCACUAUUAUCACGAGAAUGUAUCAAUGGAAAAUCUCUGUAAACUUCACAAUUGGGGUAUACGGGAGUAUCCAAGGCGAGUAUUUGAUGCAGUAUUGUUCAACAAUGAAGUAGAUAUCCUUAAAAUACGGUGGAAGGAAUUGGCCCCAUACAUGAAUGAAUUUGUACUACUUGAGUCAAAUUCGACGUUCACUGGACUGGCAAAGCCUUUGUUCUUUUCCGCUAAUCAAGAGGAAUUCAAAUUUGUGGAGUCACGAUUGACUUACGGGCAAGUUCCAGGCAGAUUUAGGAGAGGAGAAAAUCCAUUUAUUGAGGAAGCCUAUCAGAGGCUGUCUUUGGAUUAUGUUCUCAAAAAAGCUGGAAUUCAGGAUGAUGACUUGUUAAUAAUGUCCGACGUUGAUNAGAUCAUCGCAGUUUCUGGAAUUUUUUGGACGGGGGACUAA